CCUCAACAAUCGAAAACUCAAGGCGUAGAACUACAAUGCCAAAUGAACACACAACUCCCCAACAAUAGCCGGUCGGUACCCUUCUAUCAGGAGAGCGUGUAUUCCGCCGACUCUCCGGAAGAUCAGGAAGGGUCGAAAGGCAUCGAACGUUGGAUGCGUUGUCCAACUCCACCCAUAUCCGUGAAGCUCGUCGAAGACGAGUUCGAUCGAAAGGCAAAAGUACCUCCUAAAGGGGAACGAAAAGCAAGGGUCCAAGGAAAGCUCGCCGCAAUCGAGAGGGUAAUAAACCCCAGAUCAUAGCGGGCAGGAAAUAUGCCUGACACCUUGAAUGAGCCGGCGAGGGGACGCAUGGCAUGUGGGAGCGGGGGCCCCUUAUGCGAUUCGCUUCUCCCUCAUACAGGGGUGACGGCAGCUCCUUUAGCAGAUAUAGUCAGCCUGUUUAACUCUAAAGUUAGCCAACUGACAGACGACGAAGAGCACAAGGAGUACCUAGCUUGCCCUUUCUGGAAGCAUAAUCCCGCCCGAUAUCUUCGUGUUAAGAACUCAUGUACGGCUGGUGUUGGUUUCAAGAAUAUUGGGAAGUUAACUGAGCAUAUCAAGAGGGUACACUGCCUAUGGAACGGCUGCGAAAAGUGUCUCAUGAGGUUUAACAAAGCAAAAAAGGAGGAAGUUGGCGAAAUAAAACGGAAGCACAUGGUCAAUUGCACACAGCCGAUCAAGAGCUUGACGGAAUUAGAUGCUGAAUGGAUGAACAAGGAUCAAGAUGAAGCGUAUGGGCAGCUCAAUUUUCAGAAAGAUAAAGGGAGCCCCUUUCGAUGCUACGAGAAAAUAUGCUGUGCGUUAUGGGGACCUGACCCAAAAAUCGAGAUCCAAGAGCCCUACCACCUACCCGGAUUUCAAAUGUCGGUCCUUCGUUGGCAGUUCGUAAAGGAUCUGGAGUCACUAUAUGAACAGAAGAAAACCGAAGAGCCGCGUCCAGACACGAGACAAAAUGCAAAUGCGGCGACUACUACUACUACUGCACUCUCUCCUAGCAUUCAGAACAUCGAUCCAAAGCUCCUCUCGACACAUACUUUAGACAAUCUAUCAAGCGGACCGGCUCCUUUUUACAGAGGACAACGCAGAAAAGAUUCGGGUGUAUGGUCGUGGGAUCCUAGUGAGAACCAUGCGACCUUCGCCAAACCUACACUUCCCGAAUUUCCUUUCGACGAUGAACUGGGUGAAGAGAGUCCAAUACGAACGCAGAAUGAACCAGACUACCUCGAUGGCAUCUGGCCCGGUUUAACAGAGCCGUACGCAAUCCCGGAGGGUCAAUUUGAUAGGGAUGCUGAUGGGGAUGUCUCUUUGGAAAAUAAUAAUUGGCGAAUCGUGCCUGAGUAGCGUUAUAGGAAUCUAUUUAACGUAGCUUGCUCAUGCACUGCAGUUCAUUAAAACAGUAUGAUAUAUCUUGGAUUCAUUGCCUAUAUGUAAUGUCCCCACCCCCCGGGCAUCUAAUUCAAAAUUAAAUGAUUAGUAUCGAGUAGGCGCAGUACAGGCGAAUAUAAUAGGUAAAAGUUGUGAUUCAGAAGUUUCUCGUGGUUUAAUGAACGGUCUCCACUAUGUAUGAAGCACAAAAAAGUGAGCGGG